CGGCUAUAUUAGUUUACUUGCCGCCUGCUCUCCAAAACCUUUCGUCUUUUCCCCUGUCUGCCUACAAAGACUUCAACACUCGCGGCCCCGGCAGAGUGCUUCGCCGCGAAGGCUGCUCCUCCCUCUCGCUUCCACCCGCAUUCGAGCGCCUCGGUUCGCCGGCGGCGAGAUGGCCAUCGAUCACGCGACCCCUCUCGGACUGAAGAGCAGAGGCGCCAUGGGCGGCGGUGAGUGCGACGACGGAGCGGAGAACCAGCGGUGGCCGCCGUGGCUAAAGCCGCUGCUGUCCACGAGCUUCUUCGUCCAAUGCAGGAUCCACGCGGACGCGCACAAGAGCGAGUGCAACAUGUACUGCCUCGACUGCAUGAACGGCGCGCUCUGCUCCCUCUGCCUCGCGCACCACCGCGACCACCACGCCAUCCAGAUUCGGAGGUCGUCGUACCACGACGUGAUCCGGGUGUCGGAGAUACAGAAGGUGCUGGACAUCGCCGGCGUGCAGACGUACAUCAUCAACAGCGCGCGCGUGGUGUUUCUCAACGAGCGGCCGCAGCCCCGCCCCGGGAAGGGCGUCACCAACACCUGCGAGGUCUGCGAGCGCAGCCUCCUCGACUGCUUCCGAUUCUGCUCCCUCGGAUGCAAGAUUGUCGGCACGUCCCGCGGAUACCGCCCGAGGAAGAAGCACGCCGGCGGCGGCGGCAACAGGAACAGGAAGAGGGCGGCGCUCAAGGACGUGCGCUGCGACUCGGAGGACUCGUGCACCGGCAGCAGCGGCGGCAGCAGCGACAAGAGCAGCGUCGUGCAGAGCUUCUCGCCGUCCACCCCGCCGCCGACCGCUGCCAGCUGCCGCCCCUGGAACAAGCGCCGCAAGGGCGUCCCGCACCGGUCGCCCUUCGGCAGCCUCAUCGUCGAGUUCUAGUACGCUCCAUCAUCACCUUGACAAUGCACCUUGUACUGUACACAGGACAUAGCCCAUCCAGAAGGAAUAACAGUGCGCCUCUCUGGACGUGGAGGCCGGCCGGCGGCGCAAACGCCGGCGAAGGGCGGGAGCGGUAAGAACACACCUAGCGGUGCUGUAGUUUGCUUCUUUUCAGGUUUAUUUUACAGUUACAGUUGUUAGUCGCUAGGCAGUAAGGUAGCUGCUACUUACAGCAACAUACUGAGUUUUGCAGCCUUGUACAUUGUAAUAUACCGGUACUUACUCCCCAAAUGCUAGAUGUAUAUAUUGAUGUGAGGUGAGGUGUUCGUGUGUUCAUCA